CACCCAUCCGCUAACGUGAGUUACACAUUUUGUUAAAUUGUUGCCAGGUUGUGUAGAGGUAGAGAGUGUUCACUGGUUUGACCGCAGUGUGUAGUAGGGACUGUUAACUAUCCUCAAAAUGAAGAGAAGAGUUGAUCAAACUGAAAGCAAAGUUGCAUCUGCAGGAGAAUCGCAACGCGCUGGUCGUCAUAAGGACUCAAAUGUGCAGUCAAGAUCACAGGGGUCAGCGUGGACUAAAGUUGGAUUUCUUGCACUCUGCAUCCUGACAAUACCAUUUCUUCUGCAAUUCUUCUCUGCUUCUGUUGACCUCAGCCGACCUUCAGAUGUAGGUCUCAAUUAUACUAUAAAUUUCUACCUAGAACCUGAGGCAGGGGUGAGAGUGGGCGUGUGGUUUACAGUACCUAAACAUAAAUGGAAAGAGUCACAGGGGCAAGAUCUAAGCUGGUAUGAGAAAGCUCUGGGAGAUGGAUCACCCGUUUUUAUCUACCUCCAUGGCAAUGCAGGCAACAGAGCUUCACCUCCUCAUCGAGUUGGAGUUGCCCAUAUCUUGAGUAAUGCUGGAUAUCACGUCCUAGUAUUAGAUUACAGAGGUUUUGGGGAUUCUACCAGUGAACCCACAGAGGCUGGUCUGACUACAGAUACCUUACACUUGUACAACUGGGUUAAGGCACGCAGUGGAAACAGUCUGGUCUGUGUUUGGGGUCACUCACUUGGUACUGGUGUUUCAACGAACACUGCAGUGAAAUUACUUGAGCAAGGAAAACAUUUUGAUGGAAUAAUACUUGAGGGAGCAUUUUCUAAUGUAAUGGGAGCUGAUAUGGGAAAAUUUCCACACCCCUUUUCUUGGUUUUAUUGGAAGUUCCCAUACAUACAGUACUAUCUUUUCAAUCCAUUAAAAAACAACAUUUUGAUCUUUCCAACUCAUGAGAAUUUGAAAAAAAUCAAAACCCCCGUUAUGAUUCUUCAUGCUGAAGACGACCCAAUAGCACCCUUUGCAGUGGCUCAAGAGUUGUACAGUAUAGCAAAAAAUGCCCAGAAGUCUGAGAAACGAGUGAAGUUGAUACCAUUUGAGGCAUCACUUGGAUAUGUACACAAUCAGCUCUAUAAAGAUCCUCGUUUGCCAGAUAUAAUAAGGGAGUUUGUACAGUCACUGAAGGCAUGAUACAAACAUAUGAUACAUGAUGAGCAGUUUUAUCAGAGCUGCCCUGAACUGCAGCUGUAACUAUAAAUUUACAGUUGUUUUACGUACUUAUACAGCUUACUCUGUAAAAUCUUGUCAUCUGAUCACCCUGUCAUAGGGGCAUUUUUUGUUUUACUAAUAUUUUUAUCAAUAAUUCAUUUGUGAAGUUUUAAAUCUUUUAAACUUUGAACAAAAUCAGUUUAUAGAUUUUUGCAUUGCGGGGUCAACAAACGAUCAUUUAAUUAAAGUGUUAACAUUGAAUAAUGUAGAUGCCUAAGAGAAAUAUUUGUUUAUAUUUUACUGCAUGUUGUAUAAUGAGUAUAAAAUUGUUAGCGUUAUUCAGUAUAAUAGAAUGCAAUAAUAGAAUUGCACACUGUUUUGCUGCAGAAAGAAAGAAAGAAAGAAAGAAGGAAAGAAAGAAAGAAAUUUUUUUAAUGACAAUACAAAACCUUUGUUUUUUUUCUGAAAAUGCACUAAUAGCUGGGUUGUUCCCACACAUGCAUUUAUUCUGAAUCAUCACAUUCACCCUGCAAUAAACAUUCACAGACUCCAAUCAAAUAAGUGUGUAACUUUAAUACUGGGCAAACAAGUGGAAUUUGCAAUCCACAAAGUUAAGCACACACUGACUGUGCCAUACAGUACACAAUAUUUAAAAAUAUUGUUAAGAAAAAAUGAACUUGCUCUUGACAUACAUCACAUGUGUUCUCAAUGUAUCGCAAAUAGUUUGCAAUGGCAAUUUUUUUCAGUAUUCAGAGAUUGGCCAAUAUGCAAAACUAACCUUUCAAUUUCACAAGAAGAACCACACUAUGUGAAAUACACACGUAACCUUGGUGUGUCUCAGGUCUACAGUAAUUCAGAAGUUUCAUGUUUUAGAUCAGCACCAUAACGUUUGCAGCACCAUAAUCAUUUUCCUAAUCUGAAUAUAAUCCCACAUCUUUUUUGUAAUUAUGCCACGUUGUUUGUUUUGUUUUAUUUUAAUUUGUUUAUUUGAAAUAUGUAAACCAAUAAAUGAUUGAAUUAAAAUAACAGUUCUUGAUUAAAAUAACAUUGGUGUUUAAUUAAUAAAAUAAACAAGCGUAAAUAAACAA